ACGUUUGAUUCCAAGAAACUCCUUGUAACGUGUCCGUUUCUUCUCCACUAGCAUAUCAAACUGACCUAUUUCUCUGUUUAAACCAAGCCCAUAUGAUCCCACCUAUUAGCUGGAGUGCUUAAAGUUUCUGAGAAAACAGAAGUGAAUAAAAAUGGAAUCCAUGUUGCUGAGGCUUUUCUUUCCACCUCCUCUGCUUAUUAAAGCAAUGUCUGUGGUCUGUGUCGUGUCAUUAGGAAAAGUUGGGCUCUCAGAGGUUAGAGGAAAGAACCUGCGGUACUCCAAAUUCUUGAAUAUUGAUGAAAAGAAGUCCAACAAAAAGCAGAUUCAAGUCUCUAGUAGAACAGGCAUGCUUAUUGCUUACACACCAUCAUUUCUUACUGGUGCUGUUUCCUUUGGGCUUUUCCCAAAUGAGGAUCUCAGGUUUUUGUUCGUCAAAUCCACUCUAACCUUCCAUUUCUUCAAAAGAAUACUUGAGGUGCUAUUCAUUCACAGAUACAGCGGGGGGGUGGAUGUUGAGUCUCUGACUCCAAUCACUCUUAGUUAUUUCACAUCCUCUGUGUUUGUCAUCUAUGCUCAACACCUAACACAAGGACUCCCAGAGCCAGCAGUUGAUUUGAAGUAUCCAGGGAUUGUGUUGUUUCUGAUAGGAAUCAUCGGUAACUUCUACCACCAUCGUCUCCUUUCCAAACUGAGAAGCAAGAAUGACAAAGAAUACAAGGUUCCCAAGGGUGGCUUGUUUGACCUAGUGAUUUGCCCUCACUAUCUGUUUGAGAUUCUUGGAAUUUUGGGGAUCUCUCUCACAGCUCAAACAUUGUAUGCCUUUUCUUUCUUCAUUGGAUCAACUCUUUACCUGAUGGGGAGGAGUUAUGCCACGAGGAGAUGGUACCUUUCACAGUUCAAAGAUUUUCCCCGGGAUGUGAAGGCUCUCAUUCCUUUUGUAUUUUAAAUCUGUUGGAAUGAAGGAAUCACAUAAUUUUUAAAAAAAUAAAAUAAUUUGAUGGUGGUGAUAAUGAUAAA